AUGUCAGACUCUCCUAAGGCAUAUCUAGAUAUCUCCAUCAAUGAUGAAAAAAUCGGUCGUAUAGUUGCUGAAUUAUACAAAGACAAAGCUCCAAAAGCUGUCGAGAAUUUCUUACAUCUAUGCCAAAAUGAUAUUAAAGUAAAUGAUAGACAACUAACUUACAAGAACAACUAUUUUCAUCGUGUCAUAAAAAAUUUCAUGAUACAAGCGGGUGACAUCCUUUACGGCUCCUCUACUUUUGAAAAGGAUGACAAUAUCGGUAAAGGUGGCCUUUCAAUCUAUACCACCGAGAAUGAAUUGGCAAAAGAAGCUGUGGAAUUACCUUGCUAUGGGAAUUUCGAAGAUGAGAAUUUAGGCGAAUUCACCGAACCUUUCAUGUUGGCAAUGGCAAAUACAGGUGCUCCAAAUACAAACAGUUCUCAAUUUUUCAUUUCGACUUAUCCUGCUCCUCAUUUAAACGGUAAACAUUCAAUCUUUGGUAAAGUCAUCCAUGGAAAAUCAGUGGUUCGUACAAUCGAAUACUCCAAAGUCGAUACUGACGCCUUCCCUGAAACUUGUAUUAGAAUUGACGAUUGCGGCCUAUGGGAAGAUUCAAUGGAUAUUCCUCUAUACAAUGCAUCAAAUAAUCCAAUUGGUAAUGAUGUGUACGAAGAAUAUCCCGAUGACGAUACGCAUUUUGAUUCAGAAAAUUUUGGUGAAGCUUUCAAUGCUACAAACAUCAUCAAGGAAUCAGGUACUUUACUAUUUAAAUCAAAGGAUUAUCAAAAUGCAUUCUUCAAAUAUAAAAAAUCAUUAAAAUAUGUUAAUGAAUUCUUACCUGAAUUGGAUGUGGACAAGGAGAAUAAUAUAAAAUUUAACAACUUAAAGAUGAAAUUAUAUUUGAAUUUAUCCUUAGUGUUGUUUAAUUUACAAAGAAUUGAUGAAUCCAUCAAUUAUUCAACAUACUUACUUGAAAUGGAUGACGUUCCAGAUUUGGAUAAAGCAAAAGCGUACUACAGAAGAGGUAAUUGUCAUCUAUCGAAAAAGAGAUUAGAUGAAGCUUUAGACGACUAUAAAUUAUGCAAAGAGCAUAAUCCAAACGAUGAGGUCAUAGACCAGAAAAUUGAAUAUGUAGAACAACUCAUAGAGCAAAAAAAGGAAAAACAGAGAAAAAAUAUAGCUAAAUUUUUUACCUGA